AUGACUCUGGAGAUUAGUUUUAGUAACGUAGCCUUAGAACCAGAGUGUAAUGAGUUGAAGACCCAGCUCAGUUUGCCAUCCAGCGUGCGUAUCACUGGAGGGACAUCCUACACCUACACAGCUGCCCAGCUGCACCUGCACUGGGGUGGAAAGACUGCAGAAUCCCACGGCUCAGAGCACCGCAUAAAUGGAGUUCAGUAUGACAGUGAGUUGCACAUUUUACACUACAAUUCUGAGCAAUAUAGCAGUGCUGAUGAAGCCCAAGGAAAGCCUAAUGGUUUAGCUGUGGUUGCAGUCCUCAUUCAGGCUAAGAAAGAUAAAAAGAAUCCUUAUUACGAGGAGAUUUUUUCCCGUUUGUCUGAGAUCCCAAAUGUAGGGGACAACGUAACUCUGAACUCCAUCGAUGUCCAGGGCUUGUUGCCCCAUGACUUCUCAAGAUACUUCCUAUAUUAUGGCUCAUUGACCACUCCCCCCUGCUCUCAGAAUGUUACGUGGAUAGUUUUGGCAGAACCUGUCACCAUUUCCAAAGCACAGCUGGACAAGCUACAGAACUCACUCCUGAAUAGUAAUGAUGAAGCACUUCAAAAUAACUUCCGGGAGCCUAAGCCCCUCAACAAAAGGAUAGUGGAGGCCAAUUUUCCACCUGAACAAGGAGAAGGAAAAGAGUCAUGGUCACGGUCACAGUCCAAGCCCAAGAAGGCCGCCAAGAAGCGUAAUGACAGCUGA